AUGCACGAGGCAUGCACUAUUAGAGGUGUAGCGCAGAAUGGAUCUCCACAAGAAAUUGAAAAUUCAAUCUCAGGACUUGUGGCAAUACUUCUGAAUAGCCUUGGUUUGGACUUCCUAGUGAAGAAUUUCCGUUCGAGCGGUCACUGGGGUGAGCGCAACCGUGUCUGCAAAGAUCCCAUCCACCUCAACAUAGGCGAUGUUGGACUUCUUGGUAAGUGUGUGGAUGACUUAGCGGUGUUGUGCCAAGCGGGCACUGUGGCUGAGGACACAAUCUACGAAGAACUAUUCGAAACUCUUCGUUGCUUCUUGAAGGCGUUAUCGAAGAAAGACCUGGUCACCAUCACCGAAGGUGUUAUCUGCGACAUUGCCCAGCUUUUCAAGAAAGCUGACUUUGGAAUAGACAUCCUGACGUUCGUCGUUCGCGCUCUCACGGGUGUAGUUGCUGGUGUCACGUGUAAGCCUAUUUGA